CUCACUCUCCUCCCCCUCUGUCUCUGUUCCUGCUCUCUUUCCCAACCUCUCGUCUCUUGUCUCUCUCUCUCUCUCUCUCCCUCUCGUUCUUUCUGCAUCUUCUCCGCCGCCUCUCCCCCACUCCGCACACCCACACCCUUCUGCUUUCAUUCAGGUUAUUUACCCAUCUCCUCUUCACUCCCUCCGCUGUCUUUCUCCUCCCUCUCUUCCUGUCUUCCCUGCUUGUCGCCGUGCUGCUCGAGCCGCCUCACCCUGUAUCCCUCCCUUCCUACCAGCGCUCCCUCCCUUCUUCUUCUUCCUCCUCCUCCUCCUGCUUUUGGAGAUCUUCAGAGCUGCCCAGCACACGCUCGCUCAUAGCAUAACACACUCCUCUCCUGUGUGGGAAAAACAUGUCAGCUGUUCUGGACCUGGACCAGAUUACAUGCGGAGGAAAUGGAGUGGAGCAUGACAUUGAGACGCCACAUGGCGUCCUCCAUGUGACGAUGAGAGGCGUCCCAAAGGGCAACAGACCUGUCAUCCUCACCUAUCACGACAUCGGCCUCAACCACAAGUCUUGCUUCAACACCCUGUUCAACUAUGAGGACAUGCAGGAGAUCACCCAGCACUUCGCCGUGGUCCAUGUGGACGCCCCCGGCCAGCAGGAGGGCGCCCCCCCCUUCCCCACCGGGUACCGCUACCCCACCAUGGACGAGCUGGCCGAGAUGCUGCCCUCUGUGAUGACUCAGCUCAAAGUCAACAGUGUGAUCGGCAUCGGCGUGGGAGCCGGAGCGUACAUCCUCAGCCGCUUUGCACUUAACAACCCCACCCUGGUGGAGGGGCUGGUUCUGAUCAAUGUCGACCCCUGCGCUGAAGGCUGGAUCGACUGGGCCGCUUCAAAGCUGUCUGGAUGGACCAGCAACCUGGUGGAUAUCGUCAUGGCUCACCACUUCAGCACAGAUGAGCUGACAGACAACCAGGAGCUGAUCCAAACCUACCGCCUCCAUAUCGCUCAGGACAUCAACCAGGACAACCUGGCGCUCUUCUGCGGAUCCUACCAAUACCGCCGAGACCUGGACAUCGAGAGGCCAGUUGUCGGUCUGAACGAGGACACGGUCAACACACUAACGUGCCCCGCCCUGCUGGUGGUGGGCGACACCUCGCCCGCCGUGGAGGCCGUUGUGGAGUGCAACUCCAGGUUAAACCCCACCAAGACCACGUUGCUAAAGAUGGCUGACUGUGGCGGCUUGCCCCAGGUGGUUCAGCCCGGGAAACUUGCUGAAGCAUUCAAGUACUUUGUUCAGGGCAUGGGCUACAUUCCCUACGUUCUCCUCAGUCACCUGAGCAACGAAUCAGUGCCGUCGGCAGGAAUGACUCGUCUGGCUCGCUCUCGCACCACCUCCUCCUCCAGCAUCACCUCCAUGGACAGCAGCCGCAGCCGCAACAACCUCAACAGCCUGCUGGAAGGCGGCGGCGGCGCCAGGGCCCUGGACGGCCAGGCCAGGCCUCAGACCAUGGAGGUCUCCUGCUAAAGCCCCCACCCAACACACCCCCCCCUGUCCCUGCACUUCCCCGUAAUAACUUAUGUACCCCUCUCUCUCUCUCUCCCUCCCUCGCUCUCCUCCUGCCCGGAGGCUGUAACGACCUGUGUGAUUAGAAAGGAGGAUGUAAUGAAUAUAUUAACAGAUGCAUAUUAUGAGAUGUUAUAUUGAAUAUACUGUCAGUCACCUUCCUUACACCGAACAUGACUUACGUUGAGCUGUGUUUUGUUUUUCAAACAGUUAAAAAAAAAAAAAAAAAACAUACGAUUGACUCGACUUUCCAACAUUGUAUUUAUUUUUUUCCACGUUGUCUUUCUUUUAAAUGUCUUCACACACACUGUAGACAUCCUCCUUGUGUUCAAAGUAACAGUUUUUUUUUUUUAAACUCUUAACUAAUAUGUCAACUGCAUUGAUUGUCAGUUCAUUAUCUUGUUUCUUAUUUUCAAACUUGCGACGAUGCAAACCAGCGACAGACUACAGGGAGAGCCGCGGAGAGCAGGCCGGCCUCUGAACGCAGGUGAACGCGGUGUGGAAAGCAGCGUUGCAUAACUGUAGCACGCUAACGUCCAGCUCUGGUUGGGAGCUGCGUUCGCACUCCCUUCGAAGAACACUUAGCCGUGUCUCACUUUGCAGUCCAUGAAUUAGCAAAGUUUUUGUAAUUUUAACUCAUCGUCGUCUUCGUCUUCUUCUUUCUGCUUUGUGUUGAGGUUUCUUGUUCAGUUGAAAAGAUUGUUCAGUGAUGUUUUAACAACCUUUUAAACAAGCAGGAUCUGAUCUGAAGAGUGCGAGUCCCUUCACGUCGGGGGGCCGACCGAUGCUUGUCACCGUCUGCUGAUUCAGCUCAUUUAUAUUACUACUGAAUAAAGUAAGAUGAGAA